AUGGAGGUGGAGGAGAGCUACGGUGGUGGUGGGUCCCAGGAUCCUUCCCCGGGCCCCAGCAAGGCCCCCGGGAGCGCUGGCCACUAAGAGCUGCCGUGGGUUGAGAAGUAUAGACCAAUAAAGUUGAAUGAAAUUGUUGGGAAUGAAGACACUGUGAGCAGGCUGGAGAUCUUUGCACGAGAAGGGAAUAUGCCCAAUAUUAUCAUUGCUGGCCCCCCAGGAACUGGCAAAACCACAAGCAUCCUGUGUUUGGCAGGAGCCCUUCUGGGCCCAGCUCUCAAAGAUGCCGUUUUGGAACUUAAUGCCUCAAAUGACAGGGGUAUUGAUGUUGUGAGGAACAAAAUCAAAAUGUUUGCUCAACAGAAAGUCACUCUUCCCAAAGGACGACACAAGAUCAUCAUCCUGGAUGAAGCAGACAGCAUGACUGAUGGAGCCCAGCAAGCCUUGAGGAGAACCAUGGAAAUCUACUCCAAAACAACUCGCUUUGUACUUGUUUGUAAUGCUUCGGAUAAAAUCAUAGAGCCCAUUCAGUCCCGGUGCGCAGUCCUCCGCUACACAAAGCUGACCGAUGCCCAGAUCCUCGCGAGGUUAAUGAAUAUGAUCGAGAAGGAGAAGGUGCAGUACACUGACGAUGGUCUGGAAGCCAUUAUCUUCACCGCCCAGGGAGACAUGAGGCAGGCAUUGAACAACUUGCAGUCUACUUUCUCGGGAUUCGGCUUCAUUAACAGUGAGAAUGUGUUCAAGGUCUGUGACCAGCCGCACCCGCUGCUGGUGAAGGAGAUGAUCCAGCACUGUGUGAAUGCCAACAUCGACGAAGCCUACAAGAUUCUCGCUCACCUGUGGCAUCUUGGCUAUUCACCAGAAGACAUCAUUGGCAACAUUUUUCGAGUGUGUAAAACCUUCCAAAUGGCAGAAUACUUGAAACUGGAGUUUAUUAAGGAAAUUGGAUACACUCACAUGAAAAUAGCCGAAGGUGUGAACUCCCUUCUGCAGAUGGCAGGGCUCCUGGCCAGGCUGUGUCAGAAGACAAUGGCCCCAGUGGCCAGUUAG